AUGGCAACGACAGAAAAGAUCAAGCUAUUCGAUACAAUCCUGCCAAUACGUGAAUGGAGACGUGAGCAAACACGUAAAGGAUAUACAGUCGGACUUGUACCAACGAUGGGUGCGCUGCAUGCGGGACAUUUGCGUUUAGUAAACCAAGCAAAAGAAAAAUGUGAUCGAGUAGUUGUCUCUGUAUUUGUGAAUCCAGCACAAUUUGCACCGCAUGAAGAUCUUGACAAAUAUCCAAGAACAUUAGACGUAGAUCUCGAGAACCUAACAGAAACAAAAAGUUGCGAUGUAGUAUUUCUACCGAGCGUGAAUGUCAUUUAUCCAUCGGGAAUUCCAUUAGAAGUAGAGAAACAACAGGGAACGUUUGUUGAGGUUAAAGGAAAAUCACAUCAAAUGGAAGGUAAAACACGACCAAUGUUCUUCCGAGGAGUCGCGACAGUAUGCACAAAAUUAUUCAAUAUUAUACAACCAGAUCACGUGUUUUUUGGACAAAAAGAUGCUCAACAAUGUGUCGUUAUACGUAGCUUGAUUUGCGACUUGCAUUUUCCAAUUGUGAUGAACGUCGGCGAGACAUUGCGUGAAUCGGAUGGACUGGCAAUGAGCAGCCGAAACAAAUAUCUUACUGUCGAGAUGCGACCUUUUGCCACUGUAUUAUAUCGAGCAUUAACCGAGGCAAAAAAUCAAUUUGAUAAUGGAAAACGAGUUCGUAAUGAAAUAUUAACACCUGCAUAUCAAGUAAUUCAAGAGGUGACUGAAAAUGUGGAGGAACUUGGGUUUGAGAUAAAGUUGGACUAUUUGUCGUUAGUGGAUCCGAGUACAUUGGAGGAAAUUGAUGUCGUGGUUGUGGAUUCUGGAGCGAUUAUUUCGGGUGCCGUUUGG